AUGUCUCUUCACUCCUUGCCAGCUGAGCUCCUCUUUCACAUUACGUCAUAUAUCCACGCGAUAAAAGAUUUCAAAGCAUUGGUUCAGACAAGUCGCCACUUGUAUGCCAUGCUGAUACAUGAUCUCUACGUCCGUGCUGUUUCCAAAGUCGACUUCUCGGGGCUGUUCUGGGGAGCUAUGAAAGGCGAAAUUGGGACUCUUGAGCACUUUUUCGCCGCUGUAACACCAGGCCUCGCCAUUGCUGGUCCUUGGAAAAUUAAUGUAAGAUGGACUGACAUUGGAAUGUUUGACCCCGAGAUGCUUGACGAGGAGGGGUUGGAUGGGUUCGACCGCGUAUUGGUUUUCCGCAGCGAGGGAAAAGCACCCGAUUACUUUGAAACUGGGAUAGUGUGCUUGUAUCGUGAAGCACUGAUUAAAGCGGUUAAAUGCGGUCAAAUCGAGGCCAUCGAAGUUCUACUCGAGCAGAUCCCGUGGGCUCUCUUUGAGAUUGAUGAAGAAGAUGAUGAGUGGGGUUUGUGCAACAUAGACCAUCUUGCAGCCCUGUAUAAUCAACCGGCAGUGAUUGACUUUCUUGUUGAGAGUGGUUUCUAUCGCUAUGGAAACGGAUCAGAUACGAAGUCACCGCUACACAUCGCCAUAAUGCAGGGACAUCGGGAAGUCUUCAUGGCAUUGCUUCAACACAACCUCAACUUGGAAACUUUGGACCGGCGAGGAAGAACACCGCUCAUUCUUGCGAUAACUCAGGGUUGCGCAGAAUUUGUCAAGGCACUCCUGGAUAAGGGUGCAGACCUGUCCAAGAAAUUCGACGAGUUUACGCCUCUAUUCCUUGCCACUCUUUCUGGACGAGCAGACGUACUCAAAAUUUUGCUGGACGCUGGCCUCAGUCCCGAUGGUCCGAGUUUCGAAAUCGAUGGCAGCGUACCAAAUUUCAUUGAGGACAUCUUUGAAGGCAGUCAUGAUGUUUUCUAUGAUGGUUUCUAUGAUGGUUUCUAUGAUGGUUUCUAUGGUGAUUUCUACGACAGAACGGCCGAUGGGCAGGAUGAAAAUUACAGCACAAUUGAAUUCGAUCACUUGUCACCUCUAUGCAUUGCUGCAGAUAAGAAUCAUGACGAAGCUGCCCUGUGCUUAAUUGAAUAUGGUGCGAAUCCAAAUGGUGUUGAUCCUAACGGACAGAUGCCUCUUCACAUCGCUCUUAAACGGAAAAAUCUGGAAACUGCGGCCAUUUUGCUUGAAAACGGAGCAAGACUCGAUUUGGAAGACGCCUUGGGAUAUGAUCCUUUUACUAUGCAUUGCUUUCAGAAACCUUUUUUUCUCAAAAAGAAAUCUCUAAAGCCGUUAAACUUCUUCUCAGCCGUUGUUCUCGAGAAGUAA